AUGAAAUUUAUGAUAUUAAAGAAUAUUUCAGAUAUUACAUGGUCAGUGCUAAGGUAUAUGGUUGAAAAAUAUAAUCAAGUCUUGUAAAAAUUACUCACUCACGGAGGAGGAUUAAAUUUUUUUUUUUUUAAAAAAAAUUUAUAUAUAAAUUUUAUAAAAAAAUAUUUUUUUCGAAAUUUAAAAAAAUCCUAAUUCGCAAAAAUUGGAAAGCAAAUAUUAAUUUAAUUUAUAAUUUUUAUGUUUUAAAAAGCAAUUCGUUUAAAAUUAAAUAGAAUUAGCUCUAGAUUUCAUUAUACUAAUUAUCAUUUAUAUAUCAAAAUUUUUUCCAUAAAAAAUUUUUCUAUUAAAAAAAAAAUUUUUGUUCACUCACGGAGGGUGGUUUUUGGGCAAAAAAUAGCGAUUUUUCUAAUGUUUUUGUUCACUCACGGAGGGGGAGAGUCAGAGAAUACGCUAAAGAAUGCGAAAGAAAUGAAAAUUUGAUAGAAGAUGGAGAAACCAUUAGGAAACUUCAAAAAAUCGAUGAAGAUUAUGCCGUUGAAGAAAGAAAUGUAGCAGAUCAAGAAAUUCAAGCUUAUAUUCCUGCAUAUGUUGAUAUUGGAGUUAACACUGAUAGGGAUUUAGAGUCUUGCUGUGAGGAUUUACCUGAAAAAAGACAUAGAGAUGAUACCGAAGAAAAUCAUGAAAAUAAAUGCAAUUUGUCAAUCCCCGAAAAAAUAGAAAUCCAUUAUGAAAUAAAAUCAUGCAAGAAUAGAAAAAGUAGCUAUUAUAGGCUUAAAAAUGAAAAAUUCAUCCAAAUGCUGAAAGAACAAAGACGAAAAAUGAAAAAUAAUGAUGGGCAUCCAGAAUUAAAUAAAUUUCCACUAUCAGGCACCCCAGUUAUGAGCUAUAUUGAAAAGAAGCACGAGUUUAUCAAUAGCUUGAUAAUUCCUUCAAAUAAUUCUUCACUAUUUAAAGUAUCUAAAAGCGAAAACCUUUUUUCAACCCCAAACUCAUUAAAUGAUUUAGAUUCUAACCCUGCAAACACUCCAGCAAGUCAAAAUAACGGUUAUCCUGAUCUUAAUGAUGCUCCUUCUUUUUCCUACUCUAAUAUUAUGGACUCUCCAAGCCCAAAAUUGCCAGAAUUCAAAAGUUCUCCAUCAUUUUCUGAAGGCUCUUUUGUAUCAAAGCAUCUUUUUUGUCCUGGAAAAUCUUCAGAACCUGAACAAAGUAAUAAAAAUGCUGAGAAACCAAAAGAAAUAAAAUUUUCGUCCCCAAAAUUCGAGAUUAACCCUUUUCAUAGCAGAAACUCCUCAGAUCAGAGCACUGUCAGUUCAAAUCCUCUACUUUCUUCUUUUAUUACAUCUGGCCGAAAAUUUUCUGACAUUUUAUACGCUGACGAAGAAAUGACAAAUCUUCCAAGCCAAGCUUUUAUAAGCGCUUCUGCUAGUCGUUCAGUAUUCGGAAAGUCAAAUAGCUCUAAUUUCCCUCCUUUCCUGAAUAAAAAUAAAUAA